UUUUUUUUUUUUACAUUUUGUGAUAAUAUGGAUAAACAGCUAAUCCUCAAACUGUUUGAGUUUACAGAUGGAUGGUUUUACUAUAAAUUUAGUUUUUACCACAUUUCCUCUGAGAUGAAGAACUGGACUGAGAGCAGAAAAUAUUGUACAGAGAGAGGAGCAAAUCUGAUCAUCAUAAACAACAGAGAGGAACAAAAUUUUGUUGAGAAAAUGCUGUAUGGCAAGACAGGAUUCUGGAUUGGUUUGACUGACACUGAUGUGGAGGGCAGCUGGAAAUGGGUUGAUGGCAGCAACAUGACCUCUGGGUUCUGGGAGUCUGGACAGCCCAAUGGACAAACAAGAGAGAACUGUGCUGUGCUUUAUUCAUUAGGGUUUCAUGACUAUCCAUGUAACAGCAAUUUUAAAGGGAUCUGUGAGAAGAACAUUUUGUAAAGAACAUGUAAUGCUUAAUCACUUA